ACAGACUCACUGCUGGCUCCAACCCUGACUCUCUCUGAUUCUCUCCCAGUACCUGCCCAGAGCCAGCUAGCAAUGAGUGCAGCCAGCUCAGGACUCAGCUCAGAGGGGAGGCAGACCUGCACCUGAAAAAAUAUUCCUGGUGGGACAUUCCAGCAAUGUGAUCCGUUCAUUUCAACAUGACUCUUCUAGGUGGAGAAAAUUCGGACUAUGACUAUAGUGCCCUGAGCUGCGCCUCCGAUACCUCUUUCAACCAAAACAUCUUUACGGAAACAGAAUCACUCAAGGGAAUCUUUUACAAACGAGCAAAGCUCAUCCAUCCAAGAGAGGACCUCUUUAAAAGUGCUCAUCCAGAAGACCGCAAGCACCAUGCAAUCAUUAAUGUCGGGGGGAUCCGGUAUCUUCUACCGUGGACGACCCUGGAAGAGUUCCCUUUGACACGUUUGGGUCAGCUGAAACUUUGCAGCAAUUUUGAUGAAAUCUUGAACAUUUGUGACGAUUACGAUGUGACUUGCAAUGAAUUUUUCUUUGACCGGAAUCCGGGAGCUUUCAGAACUAUUUUGACUUUUCUGCGGGUGGGCAAGCUCCGGUUGUUGAGAGAAAUGUGUGCCUUGUCCUUUCAGGAGGAGCUUCUGUACUGGGGUAUUGAGGAGAACAGCCUGGAAUGGUGUUGCAGGAGGAGAUACAUCCAGAAAAUGGAAGAGUUUGCAGAGUUAAACCUGAGGGAAGAUGAGCUGAUUGAGAAUGAGAAUCCAUCCGAAUGCGAGGAAGAGACCAAAUUCAACAAGUGCAUGCGUCAUCUCCGUGACAUGGUGGAGAAACCACAGUCUGGACUACCAGGAAAGAUAUUUGCCUGUCUGUCUGUCUUAUUUGUGACAAUCACAGCGGUAAAUCUUUCCAUUAGCACAAUGCCAGAACUGAGAGAGGAGGAAGAAAAGGGCCAGUGCUCAAAAAUGUGCUACAAUAUUUUCAUCGUUGAGUCUGUCUGCGUGGGCUGGUUUUCCCUCGAGUUCCUGCUGCGUUUCAUCCAGGCGCCCAGCAAGUUUGCUUUUCUGAGGCGACCACUGAACCUUAUAGACAUUGUAGCCAUCUUGCCCUACUACAUCACGCUGGUCGUUGACAACACUUCAACUGGGCAAAAGAAGCCAGGAUCUGGAAACAGCUACCUGGACAAAGUGGGCCUGGUUCUGCGCAUACUGCGUGCCUUGAGAAUUUUGUAUGUGAUGCGCCUGGCCAGGCACUCCUUGGGCCUACAGACAUUGGGGCUCACAGCCAGACGUUGCACUCGAGAAUUCGGACUCCUGCUCCUCUUCCUGUGUGUGGCUAUUGCCCUUUUUGCUCCCUUACUCUACUUGAUUGAGAAUGAAAUGGCGGACUCCCAGGAAUUCACCAGUAUCCCCGCAUGUUACUGGUGGGCGGUGAUCACGAUGACGACAGUAGGCUAUGGAGACAUGGUCCCCAGAAGUAUUCCGGGACAAGUGGUGGCACUCAGUAGCAUUCUAAGUGGAAUUCUGCUCAUGGCUUUCCCGGUCACUUCUAUCUUCCACACUUUCUCGCGUUCCUACAUCGAGCUGAAACAGGAGCAGGAGAGGCUGAUGUGUCGCAGGGCGCAGCUGCUUCUGAAAACAAAGUCUCAGCUGGGCGAUAUCUUACACGGGAGCGACAUAUUGUUUGAAAGCGUAUCUUCGGAGACGAAGGACAAUGACUGAAAAGGAAUUGACUGUGGAUGCACAGCUGCGUCUAUAUGAACGGACUCGGGUUUCUGUUUGCCCAGAGACCAUUUGAAAGCAGUGGCUUAUAUACUGCUUUAUGGAAAUAAAGCUACACUGAGUAUCCAUUCCUUGCUCUCUCGUUCCCUUUUAGCAACUGUGAGUGUGACUGUUUAAGUGCUGGAAGAGAGUUAUUGCUCACUCUGGAACUUCCAAAUCUACUGUGAAAGAAAGGAGAUGCUCCCUUGAUGGGGUGUCAGUGAUCCCUUCGAUUGCCUGGUGCAAUGAAGCAACACUAGAUCCCUACAGCGGUGGCUCCUCUGUUUUCUUUGUGUAUUUAUGUAGGUUUUAGGUCCAAGAAACAUGGUACUGGCUACUAAAGUAUAAUUGAAGAUCCAGGAAAUAACUCCUGGGUCCAAAUCACAAGUAGCCCUGCACCAACAAGUCCGAUCACAACGGACCCUCCUAGCAUGAGAUGUUUCCAUUCGCUGCUCCUUUGCCAGGUCAUGUUUGCAGGUACUGUGGAUGUUGGGGUUUGAUGACAAUUGACAGUCCCUAACAUGGCACAGAUAAUUCUGCUCCCACGUGGAGACCUCCAAAGCUUUCUGAUGUGUUUUCAAGAAACAGAAUAGAGUCUUUUCCCAGCAUGCAGUGUCUGUCAGCGGUCCUCCUGAUCGUUACCCAUCCCAGUAAAUCAAUCAUUCAUAAGGAGUCAGUCCAAUUUAGGGGUUUAAUGAAAGACUCCAAGGUGAAUUUAUAAGCCAUACAAUGUAGUCUACUAAAAAUGUGUUCCUCUUACAGCAAAUCCCUAGCCUCUGAUCCUCUUUCAGUUCCAUCCACUGAAAUAGGAAGUGGCUGGAACUUUAUAGCCAAUCCUUGAUGUCCCACUGAAACUAAUAUGAGCCGCAUGAUAAAUGUGCUCUGUUAGUUAUAAUGGGGACGUCUGGCCAGCAAUGCACAGCAGUAAACUCACAAAGUUUUGCUCACGAAUGCCUUAUUUUAUGAUUGGGAUAAUUAACUUUUAAUGCUUUUAAAUGGACCUCCAACUGGUACAUGAAUGUGUGCUCUGAACAAAGAGCAUAUCAUUCUGUCUAUACAUUGUGUUAAAACAAUUGCUAGCAAAUGUAUAGAUUUUUAGAGACAUUUAGAUAAAAGAUUCCCCCUGGUUAACAAUUAAUUCUCAGCAUACUGACUGUACCAAUUGUAUAUGCAUAUGUGGAAGAUUGACUGACAGAUGAUGGUAGGAGAACCCAUCUACGGAUGGUUCUCCUGCUCUUUGUCACAGCAACAAGGAACUCAGGAAAGCAGUUGAAGUUGUCACUCCAUUGAGAAUCCAAUGUGCUGAAAGUGAUUUAGCUGGAAGUGGGGGUGGAUAGGUGUCUAACAUCAAUAAAAAUGAGACCCAGACAGUGACACAAAAUGAUAUAGAGGGAAGUCAGUACUGAAUCAAUAUAUAUUAAAUGUAUAACUUAACUUUAUGAUAAAUUAUAUUUUAAUGUAUUUAACACUUAAGGAGAUAUUGGGAUGAAAAGUUUAUUUUAAUGGUUUAUGAAUAUGUGAAGAAGAUGUUAGAAUUUCACUUGGAGUCUCUCUUCAAUUAUAUUUCCCAGAUCUAGCAUUGAUAGAUGUUUUAUAUAGCUAGUGCAUUUUUACUUCCAAUAGAUUGCAAGCUCUUUGGCCCUACAAGAAUUACAAUGCGUCCCACUAGUGUGAUGUGCACGGAGGAUUAAACACAGAAAGCUGUGAGUCCCUUGUCGGGGGGUAUUGUAGUCAAACUUAGUAUUGCUUUGACUGUGGUUUGUUUGACGUCAGAGUGACCCAUCCUGUAAGUAGCGCAAUGUUGCUAAAAUGAAACGUGUUUGUCUGGUCGUAGAUUUCAUUAGCAUUAACUUCAAUUUACUGCAAAAAAAAUAAAAUAAAAAAAAAGGGAAUUCUGCCUCCAACCUCUAUAGCUUUAAUAGUGUGUAUUUUUGUUUCAGCAGGAUGUUCAAAAUAAAAAUCACACUGCAGUUUAAAUCAUAUUUUUGCCAUAAAUUAUAUUAUUUAUACAGAUUUGUAUAUUUGUGUAAAUACAGCUGUGUCAACAUGAAUUGUGUUGAAUAAAGAGUUGAAGAUG